AUGGCUUCACUGGGACAAAUCAUCUUCUACAUCAUGAUCACGCUCAUUGUUAUCUUCUCAGCGAUCAUCAUCCUCAUCGUGUCCUUGACGCUUUCAGGUAACUCUCAGGUUGAGAGCCUCAACAGACUUCCUGUUGCCAACCUCGGUGAAGACUACAUACUUAGCUGCUUCCUGCCUGCAGACAGCGAACAGAGUACAUUCGAAAAGGUGUCCAUAACAUGGAGGAAGAAGUCACUGGAAGGAAUCGUUUACCGCUAUGAAGAUGGUGCCGAGAACAACGCCGAGCAGGACUCACAAUACAGGGGCAGGGUAGAGAUCUUCAGUGAUCUUGUGCUUAAAGGAAACGCCUCAUUGCUGUUGCGGAAGGUACGACUCCGUGAUGCAGGCGAGUACACAUGUUCGCUCAGCCACUCAGGAGGCGGCGGGGACAUCAAAAUCAACCUCAGGACAGCAGCCUUCACCGCCCCCACAUUUACAUUUUCAAGCGGUGUCCUGACAGCUGUGGCGAGCAGGUGGUUUCCACAGCCCAAUGUAACAUGGUUGGAUGCCGAGGACAACGUCCUGCAGGGUAGCACGGACUUUAUCGAGAGCUCUGCAGGGAUAUUUCGAGUGAUCAGCACCCUGGGGUCAGUCAAUGUCAGUGACACAUACACUUGCAGGAUCAAGAACGAUUUGGUGGCGUCAAACUCUGAUGCCACUGUAACAACAGGUGGGGAUGAGUGA